AUGAUCGGCCAGUUUGGUCCAGAGGGAGGUAUCCUGUCCUGCGAAGACUCUGAUGUCAUCGUAGAGAUUCCCUCGGGUGCUAUUCCUCCUGAUCGCCGAGACCAGCUCAUUAUAGCAAGGAUUUCUUUGUGCCCAGACUCCAUCGGACCCAAGCUGACAGAUCCCAACUCCUUGUGGCUCAGUCCCCUCGUCGACCUCAAAUCUCCUGGUCUGGACAGAUUUGAUAAAGAUGUCAAGAUAAAGCUUCCGCAUCGAGCUCGAGUGCAGCCCGGCUGGACCUUCAGUGUACAUACUGAUCCCACCGCUGAUACCAAGUGCAACUGGCAGACCGAUACCACUCCUGUAACCGUUAACCAAGUUCCUUCGUCUUCCACGUUCCUUCCCGGUAAAGACACCGAUAACCUGGCAAUGUGGAAUUGUGUGGAGCAGAAAUGGCAUUUUCGCACGGAAGAAAAGGUUUCAAACGAUGUGACCAGGCUAACUUUUUCGGUCGAUGAGAAAUAUUUCAUUAUCUCAACAUCUCACUUCUCCCAGUAUGUCUGCUCAGGGUGCAGUAAAACACAUCCUCUAAACCUGGAAGCUGUUGGUUAUUGGCAUCACUACAAGGUCGAAGGUCUCGAUCAGAUGGAUCUCAAUAUCUACAUCAUUGAUACAAUUAAGGAUACCCGGAAAGCCAGCGUUGAAAGCAACGAGAGAUCAAGCAAACAGCCAGGCGCCCAAAGCGGCAUGACAGCAUACUCCUCACUCAGCCUGGAAUACACGUCUGGUGAGGCUUCGUCGCUAGUGAUCUUUGUUGACGAGGAGUGCAUGGAUGACGACUGGAAAUGGAGUCUAAAAUCUUACAAUGGUAGACUCCCGGCUAAGCGAGAGAUGUUAGUUGAAUCAGUCAUUCGUGGUUGCUGUUCAUCCCACAUGUCUACUCGACAGAUGUUCACCUUCGUUCCGAGGGACCCUUCCGAGCAUGAGCAACUCUGCUUUUUCCAAGCGAUGAUCGGCAUCAAGCAGCUUACCUUACAAAAGGUGGUCAUGAAACUGCCAAUUCUUGUGACUGCUCUCCUUACUAAGGGAUGUAGGACCCCACCAGCAGACUGCAGUGAGGUACCCAUCAGUGACGUACAAGUUAACUUCGUCGCCGAGCGACUGUCCUGCAUCGAAUGGCGCCCUCUCUACCGCAAACUGAUAGGAAUGGGCGCCGACAUUGGCAUCGAAGAGAUCCGGCACAGACAUCCCACCGACUCCCGAGAGCAGAUCCACAGCGCCCUCGUCGGCUGGAGGAGGAGCAAAGGUCGUAUGGCAACGGUCGAGAAACUCAUCACAGCUCUUCAGCAAUUGGAGCUUCGAGACAUUGCUGAUCAGCUGCAGUCGUUUUGCCCAGAGUCGCCAGAGUAA